GUCCUUGACCUUAAUUAAAUUGCAGAGUUGCCUGACGAAUCAUGUGUUCUCUGACACAAGAGGAUCAUUAAUCAUUGAUCGAUAGUCCAGGAAUUCAUUUUUUUUGUCGGAACGCCUAUCUUAUCAUUUAUAAAAAACUUCGGAGAUGCAGUAAUACAGUUUCUCGUGGUUAUAUGUGAAAAUUUUGUUUUCAUGUGAAAAAUACUUGUGGAAUUAGUAUAAUACUUCGUAUAGAGUGCAUUGCAGUAAUUUCGGAAAUUGGAAGUUGGAUAGUGUAUGAAAAUUGAUCUCUAAUUUAUUGGAUGUUAUGAGUUUGUAUAAGAAGUUAUACGACUUUAGAUUUUAAAAAAAUAUAUCGCACGGCAUUUAUUAUAUGUAUUUUCGACAUUAAUGGCUGUGUUCUGACAUUACUGAGCAAUACUAAGUUUUGGCAUAAACCCAUCCCAAUAAGUAUAAUUAAAUUUCAACAACAUUACCAGGAACCAAGGAGUAAUGAAUCGUGGCGGAAGUGUGGGGGCCAGGGUGCAUGUCCCAGAGGAAUUACGCGAAGUGUUGCUGGAAUUUACGAUUAGUUAUUUGCUUGAACAACCUGGAGAUGUAGUCUCUUAUGCUGCAGAUUACUUUAAUAGAUUGAGGGAAACUAGGACAAAUGCUUUGUUUUAUGAUGGUCCAGGUCCUUCUGAUACAUUGUCUCCAGAUGAAUCUACAUUAUCACGAGAGGAAGAACCACCAGUGGGUCGUUUUCAAACUAGGCGUAAGUCUGUCUUUGCCGAAACAUACAACCCUGAAGAGGAUGAUGAUGAUGACGGUACUCGGACAAUUUUUCCCAAAUCGGAUGAACAACGGCAACGCUUGUCAGAGGCAGUGAGAAACAUUUUACUUUUUCGUUCUCUCGAUAAAGAGCAGAUGAAUGAAGUAUUGGAUGCGAUGUUCGAAAGGAAAGUAACUAAAGACGAGUUAGUGAUCAAACAAGGUGACGAUGGGGAUAAUUUUUAUGUUAUUCAAAGUGGAAUCUUCCACGCAUUGGUAGCCAGUGAUCCAGGUCAAGAGCCAGUACACAUUCACACCUACGAUAAUAGCGGCAGCUUUGGUGAACUGGCGCUACUUUACAAUAUGCCUCGUGCAGCUACAAUUAAAGCUGCUAGUGAUGGCUCUUUGUGGGCAAUGGAUCGUCAAACAUUCAGGCGAAUUGUAUUAAAAUCUGCAUUCAGAAAAAGGAAGAUGUAUGAGGCACUUAUCGAAGGUGUUCCUAUGCUUAAGACGUUGCAACCAUAUGAACGGAUGAAUCUCGCAGAUGCACUUGUCCCACAGUCUUUUGCUGCUGGAGAGAGAAUUAUAAAACAGGGUGAUGCUGCUGACGGAAUGUACUUUCUCGAAUCUGGGGAAGUUAUUGUUAGCGUCUUAGAUGAUAGUGGCAAAGAAAUUGAAAUUAAUCGUAUUGGUAAAGGAGGAUAUUUUGGUGAACUUGCGUUGGUUACUCAUCGACCUCGUGCUGCAUCUGUGUUUGCGUCUGGAGAUGUAAAAUUAGCUUUCCUGGAUGUGGAGGCUUUUGAACGACUUUUGGGACCGUGUAUGGAAAUCAUGAAACGUAAUAUUACUGAUUAUGAAGACCAAAUGCUCAAGAUAUUUGGAUCGAAGCAGAAUAUUAAAGACGUGCGAUGAAUGACUGGUGUUAAAACACGUCUCAUUAUUGGGGGGACGUUUUUGGAAAUUCUUACUCCUUUUGUGUUCCCUGUUCGUGGUAAAUGGUACGGGAAUGUUUUGAAUGUGUGGUCGUUUAUUUAAAAACAAAAUCCAUUAAGCUUUAUGGGAAGUAGUUGUGGCUAUUGAAUAAUUAAUUAAUUAAUUUUAAAAUUUGGAGGUUGUUAGAGAUUACCAGAAAUCUGGUAAUUUUCUAUUUUUCCUUCUAUAAAUGUGAUUAUAUCAUUGUACAAUCAUUCAAAAAACAUUUGAAAUGGGGUCUACUUCUCAUUUUUAUUUAUACAUGUUAAAUUCUACUAGUCAAUGUAAAUAUUGUGGAACAUGGUGUUUUACAUUUAAUUAGUUUAGAUUCCUAUUUGGAAAUAAAAUGUCUUUAGUCAAUUUUUGUGAGAUCUUGGGCACAUCUUUCAUUUUUCAUGAAAAAAGCAUAGCACAUUGUAUUCUGCUCAGCACUUGUAUUAAUGUACAAAAAAGUCGGGGUGAAAAUUGGUGUUAUGUUUAUUUAAUAUAAUUAGAAAAAAUAAUUAGAACGAACGCAGAUAAACUGACUAAAGGUGUGGGGUAUAAUGAGUCACUUUAAAGUAUUUUACAUUAGACCGCAAAUCCUGCAAUUUUUAUUAUUAGAAGAAUAAAUUGUUUUUAGCGAGCCAAUUAUUUUGCAACAAAGACGAUAUUUGACCUCGAACCAAUUUAAUUGCUAUAAAAUAUGACUUGUUUUUAUACCUAGCCGUUAUUUUUUCAAAAAUUUCAGUUUGAGAUAUUUGUAAAAGAUGAAAAUCUGAAUUCACAUAAAUGACGCUGUAACAACCGAAACCAUGCUUUUUUAAAAGCUUCAUUCGUGGAAACGAUGUCGGCCUGACUUCUGAUUAAUAUGCAUGACUUGAUUGUCAACUACGCAGGCAGGGUUCGAAAUAGAUCCGUUAUUGACAACUUUCUGCGAAGGGGUUGUGAUGUUUUGAAUUUGAAUUAACCACUCCGUUUUGACAGUUGAAAACUACAGUAAAAUCGAAAGCAUACAAAGUUUAUUGAAGAAAAAAUGUAAUAUUUAAAAAUAAUGCAGAUGAAUUCAUCCAUCAUUAUUAAAUACUUUACAUUUUUGUUCUAAUUUAUUAUAUUUUAUUUUUGUUAUUGUUCUGUUUUGUUUUACUAAACAAGAAGUUGCAUUUAUUUUUGUUAUAAAUUUUAUGUUAAUUAUAUUUUCUAUUGUAUUUUUGAGGCCAAUUUCAAAUAUUUCAUUAUUUUUAUAACAAAAAUUUUCUAUUUUAAAUGCUCAUAACGUCAAAUGGCAAGUGGUUUGGACCAAACCGUCUUCAUAUGAACUAUUGCUGUAAAAUCAAAAUGUGGUAGAACGGGCAGAAUUCAUUAUUCUCAUUCAUGUUGAAGUUUUAUAUAGUAUUAGAUUUUUUGCUUCCAUUACUAUAAAAAAUACCUAUCAAUCUUUUAACUAUUAAAGUUUCAAUUAAAUUUAUUGUUAAUACUUGUCACUAAACUUAACGGAUGGGAUAGUCAAAAACGUUAAGUCAGAAUUUCAGGUUGAUUUUUAAAGUACAUACUCAAUAUUUGAAAAAAAUUGUUAUGCCAUAAUAACACUUAAAACUUGAGAAUAGCACGUUUCACGUGGUCUUCAAGUAUUCAAUUUUAGCAACUGAAUAAGAAGUAUUUUGGUAGAAAUAGUCAGGUUAUAAGUUUCUGAUUUUCUGGCUUUUAGGACUUUUAAUAUUUGAAUAAACGUAUGUUGUGAAGAACGCAAAAACAACAGUCCUUUUCAUGUUCAUUUUAAAAAAGACUGAACAAUAGACUAAAAAAGCUCAAUCUCUAGUCGCAAAUUUAAAUUCGUUAUGAAUGUGGAUGGUACAUAAGGAUAUAAAAAGAUCUUUUUAAAAAGUUCUUUCGUAGAGAACUGCAUCCUUCAUUUCUUAUUUUGUUAAUUUUUUUUUGUUACUCUACAUGCUUUUUCCACAUCGUCUGUGCAAUGUGCUCAGAAAUAUUUGUAAGAAUAGGUCAGAAUGUGCCUCCUAAAGUUAUAGAAAUUUGGUAAAAAUUAUAUUAGCAGUAAUUUUUGGUGCUUCAUAAUGAUUCAAGUUAUCUCCUCUUACAUUACAUAUUUUGUUUAAAUAUCUAGUUCAGUGGCCGACUUUUACUGAUCGGGUUUGAGUUUAGUUACUAUAUCGAAAAUGAUUGAUUUAAAAUGAAAUUUUUUAUGAUAUCAACGAUAUUGUAAUGAAAGAGUAUAAUUAGUAAGUAACGAGAAAUAUGCAGCCUGCUCAAUAAAAAAGGUUACCAACAAAUUGUGUUGUCAUAUUUUCCACAGAUUAACCCCAAAAAAAAAAGUUUGAUUUAAUGCUAGUUUGGCAUAAAUCUAUUUUUAUUUGAUAUUUCUUUUUAAUUAUUUUCCAGUGCCAUAAAACUUUCGAAAUUCAAAGACAUUUUUUUCUUUUAUAAAACGGCAAAAUAUUUACAAAGGUGCCUGUUGAACCAACAUGAUAAAACUAUAAUUUUUGGGAUUUCUUGUUCUAUUUAUCGGCAAUUUCAUUUUACAUUGCUCUGUAAUAAAAAUAGUAGUCUCUGUAUUAUAUGAGAAAUAAUUUAAACCAAAACAGUUCAUCAGUAAAUUGUAUUUUAAAUGAUCAGGUUAGUUUAACAACUAAACUAUUUACCACUAUGAAUUAAAUUCCAUGAAAUUUAAGUGUUUAUUAGGCCAACUUUAAAUGCAUAAGAAAUGAUAAACAAAUAAAACUCAGGAACUGCUAUUCCAAUGUUUUUGAACCGUCACUUUUUUGAAGAUUUGAAAUUGUACAGAUAAACCGAUUUUUUUUAUAUUGUUAUUGUCACUACAUACAUAUAUAAACUGUGAUAACUGUACUAACUUUAUUUAUCUGAAUGAACCCAAAAUGUUAGAAAUUGUAAUGAAAUUGGUAUUUAAUUAAUUUAUGGAAUUUCAAGCUUGAAGUAUGUGAAGGGCUAACAAUGAUAAUCACGAUCCAACGUUUUAAUUUGUAAUACAAUAUUUUCCCUUUUUAUGUUUUCUCUCAUAGCUUAUUGAGAAUCUCUUAAGUUUUUCUUAUAUUUUUUAUUUUUGUUUUCUAAUUUAUUGCACAUUAUUUGUUGUUGUCUAAUCGGUGGCUGUAGUGUAUAUUCUAAUGUGUACCAAGUGAUUAUAAGAAUAUUUCAGAAAGCUUUAUCUUAUUUUAAAAUAUUUUUCAAAAUUGGAAAAUUAAUUGGAUCCUGUCUGUUUUAAGAAUAGACUAUUUCAAUGAAAAAUACAUCAUUUCUGUCUCCCCCAAACAAAAAAAUUAUUAAUACUAUGUGUUUAAUAGUUAUAUAAGGCUGACAUUAAUUAAUUGUACACCUUUGGUAAUAUGUUACACAUCAUAAAAUUUAAAAGUCCCAGAAUAUAAAUUUAUCAAUAGAAAUAUUUCAUUUUUCUGGAAUCCUUGACCGAGAAACAAAAUUGCGCACAUAUCGAGAUGUGUGGAAUUAUCACGAUAACAGAUGGGUAUGAUGGAGUGUAGUAAAAUAUUGGUUCUACUUAAUUAUUUGUUUAUUAAAAAGAGAGUAUUUUUUGUGGUCUGAUGUUUUUAUUGGAUUCGGGAUGUAAGCUUUAGUAUUUAUACUUUUUUGUUUCACUGACAUAAAAUUUCGUUUGCCAGUUUUAGUUUUAAAUUUAAGUGCAAAAUAGAAUGCUUGUUAGUGGGCAAUGCUCGCAUCUCAUCCAUAUUAAAAUAGGCGCUAUAGGCGUAGAUAUACAUAUAAGAAUUAGAAAUUGAAUUGUCACGAGGCUUUACCUAUAACAGAGAAAGCAAACAAAUGCUUUAUCUCAAAGGUAGUAAGCAUAUAUCCAACAACAGUAUGGUGCUAUUAAUUUAGGUGUUUUAAUUCAUACUUGAUUCCAGAAAAAAGGAAGAUUAUAUUAAUCAUUAAUAUCAGUAUAGUAAACUAACCAACCAUAUACAGUUUUUAUAAUGCAACUUAGAUAUGUAAAUUUGCAUAAUUUUUUAAAAAAGAUUUUUUACAAUGUUUCAGUUUGCAGUAGCAUUGACAUAAACAAAUAGUCUUGUUUUUAGUGUCUCCAAAAAGAAUAUAUGUAUUUAAAAAGCAUUUCAAAAGACAGACGGCACAGAUUUAUCUUCCUCUACACUUCCUUUCACUGGUUUCAACUUGAACUACAGUUCGGAUAUAAAAAAAAUUAAGGCUGACAGAUAAAUAACAAAUCCCACAAUAAUUAAUAGUUCGAUUGAAGAAUAUGCUAUUGUGGAAAAUUCACCUCAGUUUUUACGUGCAACUUUUUUACAGGUAAAAGUUGCACAAAAGUUGUCAUUUACAGGAAUAUUGAGCAAAAAAAUCGUUCUUCUCUUAAAGUGUUUAUAAAGCGUGUUAGUGGUUUGGCACAAGGCUAAAACUAUACUGUCCCUUUGAGCGUUUAAUUUCGCUGGACGCGAGAACUUUAACAUGAUACAGUAUGUUAAAAUACUUUUACAAAAUGAAACUGUGGUUGACUUGUAACUGUAGUAAAGAUUUUUCUUCUACAAAAAUUUUCUGUGGACUAAAUACAGAAUAUCAAAAUAGUUUUUCCUAAACAACUCUAACUAUUUUUAUCCCAUUUGGUACAGUGUCAACACUUCAGUAGACCUGCAUGUAUUAAAUGCAAGUGGUGAAAGUCACUGGUUGCAUCUAAUUCGAACUGUAUAUUGAUUACUUAGUAGACUUUGAUAAUGCCUGAUCAUAUUAUUGCUAUGCUGGGAUUUAAAAUAUUGUAAUCUGUCUUUCACGUGAAAGUUUUGGGCGAAUUUUAUAUAGUAUGGUGUUUUUUAUGUUGCACCGAACUAGCAUAUGGUUUCUGGUGAACAACGGAAAACAGUUUGCAUUGUGAAAGAGUUGUUUAGUGUAAUAAUUUAACAUUUUUAACAAUAGUUUCUAAUUACUUUGGCAUUAUUUUCCGAAAAAUGUGCUAAAAAGUAAGUGUAUUUCUUGUAAUUACUAUUGUAUCUUGUAUCAUUAACAAAAAAAAUCACCUUUUUCUGACAGCUACAGAAUUUACUAAGAGCACAAACAUAAUUUUCGGUAAAUUUUGUGGGUGGAAAUGAGGGAAAAAAUAAGGGAAAAGAAAUAUGUUAAAUUUAUAAAUAGCAACUCGUUCUGUAUUAAGAGGAACAGAAAAGUGUUUUACAACUUUUGUCACUCUGGGUGGGCUUAUUACUAUUUAAGAUAUUCAUUCUGGAAAAGCACUCGACCGUCAACCGUGCUCAGUAUUCUUUAGUCAUUCAUGUUUCUUCUUAUGACUAAAAUUUAAAGAGCUUAUUAUAUACAAAGGAUGUUUUAUGUACAAGACGAGAU